CCCGCGCUCCCGUGCUGAGCCGCGGCGGAGGCGGCGGCAUGGAGGGCGAGAGCACGCAGGCGGUGCUCUCGGGCUUUGUGCUCGGAGCGCUGACCUUCCAGCACCUCAGCACGGACUCGGACACGGAAGGUUUUCUCAUUGGGGAAGUGAAAGGUGAAGCCAAAAAUAGCAUUACUGAUUCCCAAAUGGAUGAUGUGGAGGUUGUUUAUACAAUUGACAUUCAGAAAUACAUACCAUGCUAUCAGCUUUUUGGCUUUUAUAAUUCUUCAGGUGAAAUAAAUGAGCAAGCACUAAAGAAAAUACUACCAAGUGUCAAAAAGAAUGUCGUAGGUUGGUACAAAUUCCGUCGUCAUUCAGAUCAGGUUAUGACAUUUAGAGAGAGAGUGCUUCACAAAAACUUACAAGAGCAUCUCUCAAAUCCUGAACUUGUUUUUCUGUUAAUAACACCAAGUAUAAUAACAGAGAGCUGCUCUACUCAUCGCCUGGAACAUGCACUAUAUAAACCUCAAAAAGGACUUUUUCAUAGGGUACCUUUAGUGGUUGCCAAUCUGGGCAUGUCUGAACAACUGGGUUAUAAAACUGUAUCGGGUUCCUGCAUGUCCACUGGUUUUGGCAGAGCAGUAAAAACACACAGAUCUCAAUUUUUUAAAGAUGAUGGAUCUUUAAAGGAGGUACAUAAGAUAAACGAAAUGUAUGCUUCAUUACAAGAUGAACUAAAGAGUAUAUGCAAAAAAGUAGAAGAUAGUGAGCGAGCUGUAGAGAAACUACUGGAAGAUGUAAACAGAUUAAAACGAGAAAUUAAAAAAAGGAAACAGGCACAGAUUCAAGCAGUAGGAGAGAAGAAUAUCCCUAAAGACCCUCAGGAGAACAUUUUUCUCUGUCAAGCUUUACGGACCUUUUUUCCAGAUUGUGAAUUUCUUCAUUCAUGUGUUAUCUCUUUGAAAAACAGACAUGUUUCUAAAAGUAGCUGUAGUACCAACCAUGAUCUCAAUAUGGUAGACAACUUGACCUUAAUGGUAGAAUGCACUGACACCCCUGACACUAGUCCAGUCAGUACACCACAAAUGAGUAAGCGUAAAACUUUAGAUGCAGAUGAUGGAUGGCAACUGAAGAAAUUACGGCUGUUGGAGAGAGAAAACAAACUAUUUAAAACAGAUACUGAUAGUAGUAACCAAGCUAAAGCAUCUACAAUGAGCAGCCCAGAAACAGAUGAAGAGAUUGAGAAAAUGAAGGAUUCUAUUGCAUAUCCACAAUCACCUACAUUUUGAUCGAAAGGUCAAGCCGAGUGUUUCUAUUUAUACUAUAUUCCGCUACCUUCAGUAACACAGAUAAAUUUGUUUCUACUAUUCAGACAUUUGCAGAAAUACAUAGUUUGUUUUUACUAUGUUCACUGGUGUGCAGUAAUACCUAGAGAAGUUCUAUUGCAUUUAUUUUAUAAAGCACUUUUUAAACAUCAGAUGCUUUUAUUUUGAA